CUGAAAGUUGAAAAUGAAGGAGCGCUGAAGAGGAAGAAGAAAAGGAACCUCCUAGCUUGCUAACUGUAUUAGCAUUUUUCUCCUUUUGAUAAUGGCGCCUUUAGACCUUGAUAAGUACGUUGAAAUAGCAAGACAUUGCAAAUAUCUGCCUGAAAAUGAUCUAAAGAGACUAUGUGAUUAUGUGUGUGAUUUGCUGCUGGAAGAAUCAAACGUUCAGCCAGUUGCUACUCCAGUUACUGUAUGUGGAGAUAUUCAUGGUCAGUUUUAUGAUCUGUGUGAGCUCUUCAGAACUGGAGGCCAGGUUCCAGACACUAAUUACAUUUUCAUGGGAGAUUUUGUAGACAGAGGAUAUUAUAGCUUGGAGACAUUUACACACCUGCUAGCUUUAAAAGCAAAGUGGCCAGAUCGCAUCACACUUCUACGAGGAAACCACGAAAGCAGGCAGAUAACACAAGUGUACGGCUUUUAUGAUGAAUGUCAAACUAAGUAUGGAAACGCAAAUGCCUGGCGGUACUGCACAAAAGUGUUUGACAUGCUGACUGUGGCAGCUUUGAUAGAUGAGCAAGUGCUAUGUGUCCAUGGUGGUCUUUCACCUGAUAUCAAGACUUUGGACCAGAUCCGAACCAUUGAACGCAACCAGGAGAUUCCCCACAAGGGAGCCUUCUGUGACCUUGUGUGGUCAGACCCAGAGGAUGUGGACACCUGGGCUAUCAGUCCACGUGGUGCUGGCUGGCUGUUUGGCUCCAAGGUCACCAAUGAGUUUGUUCACAUCAACAACUUGAAGCUCAUCUGCCGUGCACACCAGCUGGUUCACGAAGGCUACAAGUUCAUGUUUGACGAGAAGCUGGUAACUGUGUGGUCAGCACCCAACUAUUGCUACCGCUGCGGGAACAUAGCCUCCAUCAUGGUCUUCAAGGACGUCAACAGACGGGAGCCUAAGCUGUUCCGCGCCGUCCCCGACUCUGAGCGCGUGAUACCUCCCCGAACAACCACACCAUACUUCCUCUAAUGACAGGAGCCACUUUUCUCUCUGCUCCAUCUUCUGGAGAUCUCAACUUUCAAAACUUAUUUAUAUGCAACAUAUUUUAAGAAAUUUACUGGAGUAAGAGCUCUUUCGGGUUCUGGAGCAAGGCUAUAGUUUGUUUUCACCACUCUCACUUUGUUCUGUCAUGAAGGAGAAAAACUUCUUUUCUCCAAUAAGAAAACCAUACUUUUAAUCUUCUUUACAUUUUAAAUGGGAUGAUGCCUGAUUUUGAUGUUAUGUAUCCCAGUGAAGCAAAUAAAACAUUUAAAAUGAGUGGUAAAUGCUAAUCAUACAUAUUAAGUAAACUUCCAAGUCAAAUCACUUUUAGUUAUACAGAACAUUUAGAAACAACUACGUACUUUCCGGGUAAGAAUGGGACUGAGAAAAACAAGAGAACACAAAACAUAAUAACCAAGGUAGCAGAGGUAAUAAUGAUUAACAAAAGGAGUAAUACAUGGCAAUGUUAAAAUAGAAGCUGCAUGAAGUAAAGUGAUAAAAUGUAAGUAGAGACAGCAGCAGAUAAAACAUAAGAGGACUGUAAAAUUAUGUAAAGACUGGACUUAAAGGGGCAAAUGGAAUGAACUAAAAGCACAAGCAGAGAGGUGGGUCUUAGAAGUGAUUUAAAAUUGUCAGUGAUGGGACAGGGCUUUGUGGGAUGGAAAACUUUCAGAAUCUGGGGGCAGCAACAGAAAAGACUCUGUCCUAUGGAGUGGGUGCAGAAGAGUUGAGUGUCCUGGGGGCUGAAUAUGAAAUUCACAUAUCAGUGAUGGACUGUGUUACUAGUCUACUGAGAGCUUUAAAAACAUAGAUAUUAAAAUACAUUGUAUGGCAUUUCACUGGUAACCAAUGUGAGUUGGAACAGGAGAGAUGUGAUACAUAUUUUAGUUUCUCAUUGCCUUUUCAAAUACUACAUGUUGGCCUCUUACCAUAAAUAUUUCUUAAAUUCAGAAGUAAUAACUGUUGUAAUAAUAAGCUCUGAUCUACUGUAUACGCAGCCAUUGAGCCCAUUCUGCCUUAAGUGGCUGUUUUCAUUUUUCAGCCUCAUUUUUAGAUUUUCUUUUCUAUUUAUUCAUUUUAAAAAUAACUUGUUACACUGCACACAGUUUUAAUUGUUGUUUUUUUUUUAAGUUAAACAUCCACAAAUGUCUGUCUUAAACUGGCUUUUAAUUCAGCAUUUUCUCAUCACUGAAGUGUCAAGUGUUUCUGCAACAGUGGCAUUUAUUAGCAAUAUCAGUUCUUUAUGAAAUGAACUUUGCUAGUGCAGGUGCAUUUUCUAGAGCAACUCAGUGCAGUAGUUGUAUUUGUAGCAGAGAGUAGUUCUAUUUGUUUCCUGUUUUGUAAUUGAAUAAAACAUGAUUCAUUAAGUC